AUGGGCACAAGAAGAAGCGGAGAGAAUCUAUUAAUACUCGUGAUCGAUACAAAUCCAUUAGCAUGGCUUCCUUUUGCUGCAGAGAUGGAUUUUACAAGGUAUAUCGAAAAUAUAGUAGUCUAUAUCAACUCUCAUUUAAUGAUGGACCAUCGAAAUAGCAUCGCUGUCAUUGCAAGUCAUGUCAACAAAAGUUGCUACUUGUAUUCGCCACACAUGGAUAAUUGGAUUAAAAAUACCAACUCUAAUAGUACAGUAAAUAUAGCAAAAGAUGGCAGACAUGAAGAAUUAAGUCAUAUCAACUACAUCAUCGAAACUAGAGUGAAAGAGCUUGUCCAAGAAAUGGCCACAGCAGACAUUCAUAAUCACGUCGAUCAAGAUCUUAGGAACAAAGGUCAAGCGAAAUCUAGAAUUUUAGUUAUAAAAUGCACCCCUGACACAUCGUUUCAAUAUUUACCUAUCAUGAACUGCAUAUUUACAGCUCAAAAAUACAAUGUUCCUAUCGAUGCAUGUGUUAUAGAGAAAGAUUCAGGAUUCCUGCAGCAGGCAUGCGAUAUAACUGGUGGAAUUUACCUGAAAUUACAAUCACCGUCUGGUUUACUUCAGUACCUUCUGACUGCAUUCUUACCAAAUCAAUCGAUGCGAGAAACCCUAAUAUUACCUCCAAAGGCUAAAGUAGACUAUCGUGCUGCGUGCUUUUGUCAUAGAGAAUUGAUUGAAAUUGGAUAUAUUUGUUCAGUCUGUCUAUCUAUUUCUUGCAAGUUUGUACCUGUUUGCCCUACUUGCCAGACACAUUUUACCUUACGCAUAGCUAAGAAGAAAAAGAAAGCGUAA